AAUCCUUUGGGUGCUCCAUUCUGAAGCUCCUGUGAACCAGUCAACAUGGCAAAGAACACCUCACCCAGAUGUAAAACCAAUAACACAGUUGAUAUCCAGCCAGUUUCUCCCACUGUCUACCAGCUAAAUAUGAAACAAGAGAACAUUGGCUCUAUAAGAAGACUGACUCUCUGUGAAAAAGAUCCAACAAAGAUAAACAAAACCAUCUUGCUUGUUGGUGAAACAGGUUCAGGAAAAUCCACUCUGAUCAACGCUCUGGUUAACUACGCCAUGGGAGUGAAGUUUGAAGACAAUGUCUGGUAUCAGAUGGUAGAGGACGAGAAGAAAGGUCAAACAGAAAGUCAGACGUCAGACGUGAUCGUGUACGAGGUCUUUGGUCUUGAAGAUAAAACUCUGCCCUUCUCUCUGACCAUCAUCGAUACUCCUGGAUACGGACAUACAGAAGGGAUUGACAAAGAUGUCCUCGUCAGUGAAAGAUUGUUGGACUUGUUCCUCUCAACAGACGGAGUUCAUGAGAUCGAUGCAGUGUGUCUGGUGCUGAAAGCGAGUGACAAUCGACUGAGUGACCGACUGAUGUACGUCUUUGAUUCAGUGGUGUCUCUGUUUGGAAAAGACAUAGAGGAGAACAUCGUCGCCCUCAUCACACACUCAGAUUUUUUGACACCUGAAAAUGUUCUGCAAGCUCUGACAGAUGCUAAAAUCAGGUGUGCAAAGAACCAGAAGGAUCAGCCUGUUCAUUUCAUGUUCAAUAAUGCCCAGAAAACAGAGAAAAAUGAAGAGAAUGAGGAUCAAAUUAAGCAUAUAUGGAACUCAACAAUGAAGCAAAUCAGUAAAUUUGCAGUUUUCCUUGAAAAUACUAAACCUCAGAACCUAGACAAAACCAUUGAAGUGCUGAAAUCACGCAUCAGACUGGCAGCCUGCAUCCACAACCUGCAGGAGAGGAUUGAGUUCAUUGAACAGAAACAGAGAGAGAUCCAACAG